UGCGCGGGGCGGGCCGCGGGCCCGGCGCUGUCCCGGGCGGGAGACUGCCGCCGGCUGCGCGCCGAGGCCUGCGCGCCCGUCCUCCGGCGUGCAGACAGGGCGACUGCCUACGGCCGCACCAUGGCCCUGAAGGCCGAGGGCGCCGCGCUCGACUGCUUCGAGGUGACGCUCAAAUGCGAGGAAGGGGAGGACGACGAGGAGGCCAUGGUGGUGGCCGUAAUACCGCGGCCGGAGCCGAUGCUCAGAGUGACCCAACAGGAGAAGACCCCACCACCUAGAGCCAGCCUGCUAGAGGCCAGCAGUGAUGGCUGUGAGGAGCCCAAGCAGCAGCUGUCUUGGGAGCAAGAGUUCCUGGUGGGCAACAGCCCUGGAGGUAGCGGGCGGGCGCUGUGUAUGGUGUGUGGUGCUGAGAUCCGGUCCCCAUCAGCCGACACGGCUCGUGCACACAUUCUGGAGCAGCACCCCCAUACCCUGGACCUGAGCCCCUCCGAGAAGAGCAACAUCUUGGAGGCCUGGGGCGAGGGAGUGGCCCUUCUGCAGGACGUCAGGGCUGAGCAGCCGUCCCCACUGAGCUCAGAAUCAGCCCGGGAUGUGGAGCCAGACCCAGACUCCAACCCAGACUCUGCAGGAAUGCCAGCCGAGAUCGUUGUGCUCCUUGACCCGGAGGACAACCCAUCCCUCCCCAAAAGGAUCCGUCCCAGGGGACUCCGCCCCCUCCUGGAGCUUCCUGCUGCCUCUGCUACAGAGCCAGGAAAUAAGAAGCCCCGUGGUCAGCGGUGGAAAGAGUCCCCUGGGGAAGAGCCAGUCAGAAAGAAAAGAGGCAGACCUAUGACCAAAAACCUGGACCCUGACCCAGACCCCCCAUCACCUGAGUCGCCCACAGAGGAUUUCGCAGCACCAGCCGAGGUCCGACACUUCACCGAUGGCAGCUUCCCCCCUGGCUUUGUCCUGCAGCUCUUCUCCCACACCCAGCUUAGGGCUCCGGACAGCAAGGACUCACCUAAAGAGGGGGAGGCAGCAGAAGGGGGUGUGCUCCAACCAGAAAGCCCCUCUCCCGCUCCCCCUCCAGGGCUCCGCGGGACACUGGAUCUCCAGGUUAUCCGUGUGCGGAUGGAGGAGCCCCCAGCAGUCAGCCUCCUGCAAGACUGGUCCAAGCACCCACAGGGCAGCAAGGGUGUGGGAGCAGGUGACACCCCAGACUGGCCCACAGUUCUGUCGGAAUCCAACACCACUGUGGGGGGGGAGCCAAAGGCGGGGAGUGGGGUAUAAAUUCUUGCUAUUCUGGGGAGGGAGGGAGGGUUG